GUAUGGUUUCAAAACCGACGAAUGAAAGAUAAACGCCAGAAGGUUGGAGGAAUCGCUUGGCCGCUAAUUCCACCCCAACUCGCCUACCUCAUGCAUCCGUUUGGCUACGAUAUGUGGGCAAAAACAGCAUUUGCUUAUCCGCCAAGCUCAAUGCUGCCUCAACGGAUGCCAACAAUCCCAUUCCCAAUGUCUAAUGAAAUGUUGAAAACUUCUACCGAAGAACCUUGUGGUGAUGUGAAACCAGUAACAAUCGCAACAGCUCUCGAGCUGACCAAUCCUGGCACUGCAACUACGGAAACUUCAUAA